GUGCGGCACUCUUUCUAUUAUAUUUUUGUGUCAAGCUUUUGUGUCAAUCUAUGAUAAAGGAAGCAUGUAUUUGAUGUUGCAGAAGUAAGGUGGCACUGGGGGCAUAGAAGAAGCAAUCCAUGGUUAGUUCUCCUCCCCUUCUGGUCAUGUACUUUUUGCUAAGGUGUUGUGCAAGGUAUUACUGAAACUACUGGUUUCCUGCAGCAUUCUGUACUCUCUGCAUCUUCAUUAUCAAGGUAGGCCCUAUCCAUGGUGCAAUUGAAACCCCCACAACGAAGGAAGGGUUAUUGGCUUUGCAUGGGCAUUCAGCCAGAACAGACCAAGGAAUCAGUAAAAGAAGAUAAUUAUGUAUAAGGUAAAAAUUGGUAAAUCAAUUUUAGAUGUGAAAAAGGGGGACAUAACUAAGGAAACUGCAGAUGCCAUAGUAAACCUGAAUAAUAAAAGACUGGACUAUGACUCUGGCAUAUCAAAAACCAUUCUGGCAGCUGCAGGGGACAGCAUUAGGGAAGAAUGUAUUCGCUCAGGCAAACAGCCUCAUGGUGAUGUUGUUGUAACGGGGGCUGGAAAUCUGAGAUACCACAGGAUAAUCCAUCUGAUUGACGCUGUAAAUACAGUUAAGAUUGUGGCCGGAGUCAAGGAGGUGCUAAAGGCAUGUGACCAACAUAACCUACGAUCUGUCACUUUUCCUGCAAUAGGAACAGGAAAAGCAGCAAUUGGUGCAAAGAAUUCCCUUGAAUGCAUUCUCACCGGCAUCGAAGAAUACGCGUUAGGCACAGCCACAAGCUGCAUCUCACAAAUUCAUAUUAUUGCUUAUAAGGAGAACAUCUAUCAAGAAUAUGAAGUAAAUUUAUACUUACCGUAA